UGACGUCACAUCCGCAGUUGCAAAAACAAACGGUCACAGAAGUUAGUCGACCAUGGAGGAAGAUAAUUCACAAAUACUCGAACAAGCACACUCUGAGUUUAAAAGACAGAAUUACAAACAGGCUGAGGAACUGUACACGAAGUUUAUCUCUUCCUGUUUACAGUGCAGAGAGUGUGAAGCUAUUAAAGUGGCCACUGCUUUUAACAACCGCGGACAGAUAAAGUACCUCCGGGUGGAUUUUCAUGAAGCGGUGGAGGACUACACCUCCGCAAUACAGAGCGACAGCCGGUUUGAAACACCUUUCUACAACAGAGGACUCAUCCACUACAGACUAGGUUUUUUCGACGAUGCCAAGAGUGACUUCCAGCAAGCAUUAAAGCUCAAUCCAGAUUUUGAAGAUGCCAAAGAGAGCCUGCAACAGACACUUCUGGAUCAGCAGCACAAGAUAAAUAGGGGAUACUGACAACCUCAUUAACUAUAGAGUAAAUGUUCUUUAUAUGGUGAAAUUUGGUGGCUAAAGGAAACAUUUAUAUUCAACUGUUGUCAAUUGACUGAAAUGUUGGUACGGCUGUCCUAUAACAAAUUACGAUGUUAUUUAAUCUGAAGAUUAACAGUUUAACAUAAAGCACAUAAACUUACUGGAUCAGUCGCAGCACUUAUCUAAAUUUUCGUUAAACAGAGCCUUGAUUAUUCCUGUCCUGCACUGACUCCAGACUCUUCCAGUUGGAAUAAUUGUAAUGAAAUGAAAUAAAUGAAAGUAGACCAUUGUAUAAGUCUCAGAGCGCAGACUGAUCGACCCAGGCACACCAGGUGAAACAAUGAGCAUCGGUUUUACUGUCAGCAAUAAAGACACUAGGAGGAGGAUUGUGAUUAAACAUAAAGGCGUAGAAUGCAGUAAUGAUGAAAAGGCUGCAAAGGGAAAAACAUGUUUUGUGUCUUAAACUGAACUCUUGUUAGCUUCCUUUGACUAUGAAUUACUUGAAUAAUUAAGAAAACUAAAUAUCUAUGAUGCAAAACACAAAUGUAUACCUGUUUGCAAUCAGUGAACAAUAAAUUAUUU